AUGAAGUUCGGCGCGACCAUCAAGGAUGCCCUGUACCAGGACUGGCAGGCCUCGUACAUCGACUACGGCGGCCUUAAGCGCUUCAUCAAAGACCGACAGGCAAAACAUCAGUGGGACGACGCGGACGAGGCAGACUUCAUCAAAGCCCUCGCGAGCGAGUUGGACAAGGUCGUCAAGUUCCAGGAGAGCAAGAUCGCCGAACUGACAGACAAGAUCACCAACUACGAAUCCGAAGUGAAAGACUUGAUCGCAGCCGCCGAUGCGUCUCGCCAGCCUCAACGCUCGAACGGUGACGGCGAGGCGGAGGGCGAGGACGCGGACGUCGAGGCGGGCGGGGCGGACGAUGACAGUUUGAGCGAUACUUCCGACGACGAGUUUGAGGAUCGCUUUGUCGACUUGGAGGAGGACUUGGCGAAUGUCAUUGCGGACGUGCACGACCUCGGCCACUUCUCCCACUUGAACUACACUGGCUUUGUCAAAAUCGUCAAGAAGCACGACAAACGCACCGGCUUUACCCUCAAAGGCCAAUUCAUGCGCGACUUUCUCGAAAAGCGUCCGUUCUACAAAGAGAACUACGACUCGAUCAUUGUCCAGCUCUCGCGGCUCUACAAUCUUGUCAGGACGCGCGGACACCCGGUGCAGGGAGAUGCGGCGGCGGGUGGGAGUCAGAGUGCGUUCGUGAGGCAGACGACCAAGUAUUGGGUCCACCCCGACAACUACGUCCAGCUCAAGCUCGUCAUUCUCAAGCACUUGCCGAUCCUCGUCUUCAACCCCGACAAACCCUUUGAACAGGACGAUGCAGCCAUAUCGUCGUGCUAUUUUGACAACGAGAACCUCGAUCUCUACAUGGGCCGGCUUGAGAAGACUGAAGGCGCCGAAGCGAUCCGCUUGCGGUGGUACGGCGGUAUGGGCGUCAAGCAGAUCUUUGUCGAGCGCAAGACUCACCGGGAAGACUGGACGGGCGAGAAGAGCGUCAAAGCGCGUUUCCCCAUCGCCGAACACCUCGUCAAUGACUAUCUCGCGGGCAAGUACACGAUGGACGAGACGUUUGAGGCGCUGAGGAAGAAGGGGAAGAAGACGGACAAGGAGGUCGAUUCGAUGAUCAAGCUGGCGAGGGAGGUGCAGGCGGCUGUCAAGCACAAGAAGCUGGGACCUGUCAUGCGCACCUUCUACAACCGCACGGCCUUCCAGCUCCCCGGCGACGCCCGCGUCCGCAUCUCCUUCGACACUCAGCUCUCGCUCAUCCGUGAAGACAACUGGGACGGCGUCACUCGGUCCGGCAACAACUGGCGACGAACCGACAUCGGGAUCGACUGGCCGUUCCCGCAGCUGCCCGACUCGGACAAGGAGUUGUUCCCGUAUGGCGUGUUGGAGGUCAAGUUGCAGACACAGAUGGGGCAGGAGCCACCUGAGUGGGUCAGGGAGCUCGUCAGCAGUCAUUUGGUCGAGGCCGUCCCUAAGUUCUCCAAGUUCAUUCACGGCUGCGCAACUCUCUUGCCCAAUCGCGUCGACCUCGUCCCGUUCUGGCUCCCUCAGAUGGAGACCGACAUCCGCAAGCCCGCGACGCAAAAAGCGCAGAUCCAGCGCCCGCCGACCUCGCACUCGAACACCAACUCUGGCACGCCGUCCGAGACUCGCUCGACGGACCUCGCGCAGUACACCGAGCCUGUCUCGGACGAUGAGGAGGACGAGGGCAACCGGCACAUCGGCGCGACGGCGGACGAGGCUGGCUGGGCGGACCUCGACCCUCAGGCUGCGGCGGAAGCCAAGGCAUACCGCGAGGCGCAGAGCAAGGUUGCGAAGGGACCUGGCGGCCGUCCCGAGCAGAGCCACCUCGUCGCGGCACCCCCGAAGCCGCCCAAGUCGAACGAGUUCUUCCCCAAGCUCACGCCUGCAAACCUCUCGAAGCUGCUCGACUCGCGGUAUGAGCUUGAGCGUGAUCGUGGGCUCAACCAGCAGGGAGCGAGUGCUGAAGUGAGGGCGGAGGCGGAAGCGACGGGCGCGGCGGAGGCGACGGGCAACCCCUCUGGCAUUUCGCUCGUCCCUGGUCGCGUCGAGUACGUCUCGUCGUUCCGCGCGGGACAGGGGAAGAAGAUUGCGGUGCCUGUGCGUGUCGAGCCGAAGGUGUUCUACGCGAACGAGCGAACCACUCUCGCCUGGAUCGAGUUCUCGGUCAUCAUCUCGGCGAUUGGAAUCGGUAUCCUCUCCUUCUCGGACCCGCAUGACGACAUUGCGCUCGCUGCCGCCGCUUCCUUCACGACCGUCGCUCUCCUCGCCAUUCUCUACACCGCAUGGACGUACUGGUGGCGUGUCAGGAUGAUCCGCGCCCGCCAAGCCGUCCAGUACCACGACUACAUCGGCCCUACCGCUCUCUGCGGCAUCCUGCUCGUCGCCGUCAUCGUCAACUUCAGCUUGCGGCUCAAGCAGGGCAUCUGA